UGCUGACCACUAUAGGACUGAGGAAGUGUAGCCUUUUGUGUUAAGUGUAUUUACCAAAAAGAAGCUAAAGCAGAUUGUUAUAUGCUUUUCAAACCAGGUCUUUCAGUAUGAAUAAGCUUUUGGUCGUUAUGGCACUUACAGGACUCCUGUCUUCAGGAGCAGAGAGUUUUAGGAUAUCAGAGAAAGAGUAUGAGAACAUUGACCGAAUGUUGCAGUUUGGAGUUCAAGUAUUUCUGAACUGUUUGGACAAAGUCAAAGAGGCCACAGAGAAACUGGUGAAAGAGGACAUGCUGAGAACAAACAGAAUUGCAAUCCAGGACAAGUGGAAUUCCUUCAGAGAGACAGCCAACAGAAUUAGUGUAGAGGAAAGAGGUAAAGAAGCGCAGGAUGAUUUAAUUGUUGCAGCACGCACGGUUCGAAGGCUGGUCCUGCACUAUAAGGAUGAUAUAAAGAAAACGUUCCACUCACUGGCGACGGAGCAAAAUGUUCAGCUGUAUCUACCAGUUGUGAACAUGUUCAAAGGGACCAUUGAAAGAGCCAAAGCCAAAGAGAUCUUGGGCACUUUAGUUGCAAACUACCUUCCUGAUGCUCCAUCAAUUGAAAGUGAACCAAUGGAGUUUCUCUGCUACCUGCUGUCCACUGACACUGUGGAAACAUUUAUUGUGAAUGCUCUGAAGUUUGGUAUGGACGCGAUUUCACAGCUGAAAAGAGUUGAUUUUGAUGAAAUGUCUGAAUGGGUGAGGAACACCUCAUUUGAAGUCCUCCGUAAGUUUAAUGAAAUUCACCGAACUGAGAGAGAGAAGGAAAGUGAUGCGUUUCUUUUGACAGUGAGAGUUGCCUCCAGAGUGCUGUUUUUUUACUGGGACAGAGUUCUCAACUUUAAAGACACUCUUGAAUUGCAAAAACAGUUUGAAAGCAAAUGGCGCCACGUGGCGAGCCAAUAUCUGAUAGUACUCUAUGACUUGCUGACACCAUUAAUGGAAUGGGAAACAGUAAAGGAAUUUUGGCAGCUUCACUUUGAUUUCGCUGAAGAGUUUUACCUCAUAGGCCUUGGAAUAAUGAGAAACGUCUUCUAUUACGCUGGUCAAGAAAGGUGCUCGAGGACUGUCAGUGUUGUGAGCAAGAGCGCUGUUCUUUUCUUUUACCCCAUUUAUGAAACACUGUCUGAAAAGGGUGUGCUUUGGAAACUGUAUUUAAAAGCUGUGAACACAUCAACUGCCCUGAUAGGCAAUGAAGAGGUUCAAUAUUUUAGAGAGACAAGUUAUAAUAAAUCAAUGGCAUUCAUAAAAGAAAUAAACAGACUCAUAAAAGAAGAGAGACAGAAACCACAUUUCCUAAUACCCCAAGUGCGGGUUAUUGUACGAAUGUUGCUUAACAAGCUUGGGGCAUUUGCUGACAGAAUCAAUGCUGAUAUUGAUGAUCACACAUUAAGAAGCCUGAUAACGAAUUUGGGUAAUCUGAAAAUCAUCUGCGUUAAAAAACUACUGGCCAGUGGAGCACUUACUCAAGAUGAACUGGAUGAAGCUGAAAGUAUGUUUGUGAACAAAAUGUUUGGAUUCCUCAGCAAAUUUGAUGACUUGACACAAGGAAUGGAUCGAAAGAGGGUUGAGGAUAUAUUUAAGGCUCUGGUCAAGUUGGUGAUGGUGGGACUAAACUUCAUUUAUGCUCCAUUGACUCAAGCUUUGGACACCGUAGUCAUCUGAUUGAUCAGACACAAUGAAGCAAUUAUGAUUUCAUUAUUAUCAACUGUUAUGUUAUCUGCAAUACUGCAAUCAAUAGUUUCAGCAACUUAUUAAAUAAAAAAAAAUAGUCUCAUCUUUUUUUAAUCAAAUUUGUUUUCAUAAAACCAUUAAAGAAAGAAUAUUUUAGGACAACGACUCUAUUAAUGACAACACAAGCAUGCAUUUUAAUGCAUUUUUCCACUAGUAUAGGCACAUUGUUGGUUGCUGGGGUGGGAAAUUCAAGGCCUUAGUCCUAAAGAAAAAAAGUGGACUGCAUUAAACAAGCAGUCCUGAUCUCAAUCUGAUUGAAACCCUUUGGAAGGACCUGAAAUCUUCUAUUGGUCAAAGAAAUUCUGCAAACGUUCAGGAGUUGAAAAACGAUGCAACUGAAAUAACAACAGAAACUUGCAAGAAGUUGAUACAAGACACAUUUGGAGGUUGUCAUCAUUGCCAAAGGUUGUGCAGCCAAGCACUAGAGAGUGGUGACUUUAAUAGUGUCCAGGUGAUAUUUUCUUUUUCUUCUGUGAAAAAUCUAUAUGUAAGUUGACGAGACACCUUUUCUAAUGUAUAUUUUUGGACAUCUUAUUAAACUUUUCUGAUAAUCAAAGAUGCAA